AUGAGGAUCUAUCUUGCAACACUUGUUUACAUCACCAUUGCCCGCUCCAGACCUGAAAAGUACGGCGUGACACCACCAAUCUCCAAGGAAGGCCCUUCUCCACAAGAGGUUGCUCUUGCAACUGACCUUAUAAAUGAACUGAGAGCACGAGGAUCUUUUGAAUCGGAGGAGGAGUCGAAAAAGAGAGAGGCGGUCCUUGGCCACGUAGCAAAGCUAGUCAAGGAAUUCGUUUAUAAAGCUUCUAUAAGAAGAAACUUCACCGAGGGAACUGCGCGGGCAUCGGGCGGAAAGAUAUUCACGUUCGGCUCUUACCGUCUAGGCGUCCAUGGACCUGGGUCUGAUUUAGAUACCCUCAUUGUUGCGCCAAAGCACAUUGAUCGUCAGGAUUUCAACGAGAUCUUCCUCGAAAUGCUUCAAAAUGACCCAUUGGUUGACGAAGCGAUUGGUGUUCCAGAAGCUUACGUGCCAAUCAUUGCAGCUGUGAUUCAAGGCAUACCAAUCGACUUUACAUUCGCCCGACUUGCCUUGGCAGUGAUACCGGAUGAUUUGGAGCUGAAAGAUGACUCUCUGCUCAAGAAUCUAGACGAGAAAUGCGUCAGGAGUUUGAAUGGCUCUAGGUUCAGAGCUGUCUAUUCGAACGUGAACGGAUUCCUUGGAGGUGUGGCAUGGGCGCUUCUGGUGGCCAGGGUUUGUCAGCUGUAUCCAAACGGGAGUUCUAUGUUUUCAACUAUGCCAUCUUACGGAGUCGACACUACACAGGAAAUGGCCGCAACCGGUUCUGCUCCGCAAAAUCGAGGAUGGAACUUUAAAUAUGAGAGAGAUCGUGCGCAUAAAAUGCCGAUUAUAACCCCGGCAUACCCAUCAAUGUGCUCUACACACAAU